AUGCCAGCGCUACCUUCCGACGAAUACGACGCGGACCCCUCCACCCCCGAGUCGCAGCGAGCCGAGGAGCUCCAGCUUGGCCAGCUCCUUAGACGUCAAAGCCCCGAGGACCUAAGCCACUACGAAAAUGCCCUCGUCGAGGCUAAGCCCGAGGUCGGGGGAAUCCUCGAAUCAAUCCAGGUCUCCGAUUCAGCUUUCCCUGCCAAAAUCGACUCAAAGCUGUACCCCCCGAUUUUCAAAAACUCCACUGUCUCCAAAAGCGCCGUGAAGGAGUUUCGACAAAUGCUAGCCCGCUACAAUUCACGCCGCAGAGCGUACACGGCACUGCGACCCCGCGUCAAGAAGCUACAGCCUACAUCCAGAAAGUUCAUGGUCGAGCGCCUCCAACCGCUGCACCAGGAGAUCGAAACCCUGUAUUCGAUGCUAAUCCCCCUUUUCGGCGACAACAUUAAUGAACCCAAGCCACAGAUGAAGAUCUCAGCAGCGGCGAUGAGGGUAAGGCCCUCGCUCGAGAGUUCAGGAAUGAGCGCAAGGCCUGAUUUCGGUUCGUCCCAUUCGUUUCAUUUAAUGCCAUUGUCGUACCCCCAAGCGGGAUUUUGUUUCGUCCAAGCCCCAUUCCUGAACCCCCCUACUAACCCCAAGCUCUGGUUUGUUUUUAGGAAGUUGAACGCAUCGGGACAAUGCUUUUUCGCGGAGGUGACUCCCUUGUCGCCUUUGAGCUAUCAUUCCUCUUAG